AUGCUCGUCGCCAGCCUGGCCGCGCUGGCCCUGGCGCUGCGCCUGACCCGGGCAGUGCGGGGCGCGCCCUGCGAGCCUGUGCGCAUCCCCAUGUGCCGGUCCAUGCCCUGGAACCUGACCCGCAUGCCCAACCACUUGCACCACAGCACCCAGGAGAACGCCGUGCUGGCCAUCGAGCAGUACGAGGAGUUGGUGGACGCCAAUUGCAGCUCGGUACUGCGCUUCUUUCUGUGUGCCAUGUAUGCGCCCAUCUGCGCCCUCGAGUUCCUGCACGACCCCAUACGGCCCUGCAAGGCCCUAUGUCAGCGCGCUCGAGACGACUGCGAACCCCUCAUGCGCCUCUACAACCACAGCUGGCCCGAGAGCCUAGCCUGCGACGACCUGCCGGUCUAUGACCGCGGCGUGUGUAUAUCCCCCGAGGCCAUAGUCACAGACCUGCCAGAAGAUGCAAAGUGGAUAGACAUGACCCCGGACAUGAUGGUACAAGAGAGACCUCUUGAUACUGACUGCAAGCGCCUAAGCCCUGACCGGUGUAAAUGCAAAAAGGUGAAGCCCACCCUCACGACCUACAUGAGCAAGAACUACAGUUACGUGAUUCAUGCCAAAAUAAAAGCAGUGCAAAGAAGCGGCUGCCACGAAGUCACCACAGUGGUGGACGUAAAGGAGAUUUUCAAGUCCUUGUCACCCAUUCCUCGGACUCAGGUGCCUCUUGUGACUAACUCCUCUUGCCAGUGUCCACACAUCCUGCCCCACCAAGACGUACUCAUCAUGUGCUAUGAAUGGCGUUCGAGAAUGAUGCUUCUUGAGAAUUGCCUGGUUGAAAAAUGGAGAGACCAGCUAGGGAAGAGGUUUACACAGUGGGAAGAAAGGCUACAAGAGCAACUUCGAACAACUCAGAAGCGACCUGCUGGGCGCACCAGCCGCAGUGGCCCUCCCAAGCCCAAGGGAAAGCCCCAAGGGCCCCGUCCUGUGGGCCCUCAAAAGAGCAUCAAAGCCAGGAGUGCCCCCAAGCGACCAAAACCCCAGAGAGUGUGAGCUGUCAGUUUCCCCAAUCAAAGACUUUCAGCCUUGAUGGGGUCCCAAGACCAUACACCCACCACCCAACAAACGUGGCAUGGCCUCAGUCCUCUGCAGAUUGUGUUUCCUAGCACUUUACUAUCCAAGGUUUGCUUUCUCAUGCUUAGCCACUGCAAGCCAUAGCUCCAGGUUGGCACCUGCAUUGGUGUUUGAGGAGGAUUUGAGCAGAAGGGCAAAGCUUCUCAUCGCCAAAGCAGCCACAUAAAUAUUCUAUCAGUUAGCAUAUGAUGGCUGAGAGUACAGCAGAAGGAUACUCCUGUUGCUGGUGAGGAUGGAGUAUGUAUAGUGGAAGGACAUCACAGUACCUGGUGAUGAUUCCAUAUGUGUGUGGUAAAAAUGCCUCAUAUGCCAAACUCCUAAGUUUGUAAAAUGUAUCUUACUUCAGGCUGGCUUCUACAGUUAGUAUUUGAACUGUAGUCUAGAAACAUGACUGAUGGAUGUUUGUUUGCAAAAGAAGCAAGGAGCAGGAAGGAA